CUUCCUGAUCAACUUAGUUUCUCGCUCAUUGAUAUCCUUUGAUCAUUUAUCUUUCGAAUCUUGUUCUAUACUACAAGAGAAAAAGAAAAUGAAUCCCUCUGAUUCAGCUGAGACGGAGAGUAGUCCAACAUCGGCCUAUCAUGCCAUUAUACUGGAGGAGACCAACGCAAUGUUCUGUUCUGAAUGGAACCAGCCAAAAUCUAUACCAGUCAAGAAAAGCUUAAGCGGCAUGGAUACUAAGGUGUUCAAGGAGGCACGAGAGGGCAAUAUUGAUGCCCUUAGAGAACAUAGUGAUUAUCUUCACCAGAUAUUGACUCCAACCAAAAAAACAGUCCUCCAUGUCUAUAUAGCUUGCGUAGGCAGUGCAAGGUUGACAGAGUCUAAAGAAUUGCUGAAGUCAGCCGAGGCUGUAAGGGAGAUGCUUAAAAUGUGCCAGCGGCUACUAUUGCAGCCAAACGAGAGCGGUGAUACUGUCUUACACUUAGCGGCAAGACACGGACGUGCUGACAUAGUUGGAGUUCUUAUUCAGGCUGCAAAAGACUGGCAUGGUGACCUCGAGGAAGGUAUCACAUCAAAAGAAGUAUGCUACCAGUUUCUCAUAAGAAGACGUAACGAGGAGAAAAACACAGCCUUGCACGAGGCAGUGCGGUUUAAUCAUCUAGAUGUGGUAAAGAUAUUGACUGGGGAAGACCCUGAGUUUUUGUACUCUGCUAAUGAUGCUGGCGAAACUCCAGUAUACAUGGCUGCCGAAAGAGGAUAUCGCAGAUUGGUUUUUGAAAUCCUUGACACCUGCACAAGCUCAUCCUACCAAGGACCCGAUGGUUUAACAGCUCUACACGUUGCAGCUGCAUACGGUUAUGAUCAAAUAACGAGAAGACUACUAGAGAAGGAAAUGACGCUAGCGACAGCAGCAGACGGAGAAGGAUAUACUCCACUUCAUAUAGCUGCAUGUAGUGGUCACGUUUCAAUUGUGAAACAAAUACUUGAAUGUGACAAGUCCACUGCCUACAUUGGCGACAUUAUUUACAAGUUGACACCCGUUCACUGUGCAGCCUAUGCAGGGCAUGUAGAUGUACUGAAACUGCUUAUUUUCUACUGCCCUGACAGUUUCGAAUUGGUAGCCACUGAAGGUCUCAAUGCCCUACAUUUUGCAAUUAUUGGUAAUCAAUAUAAAGUAGAAGAGUUUGUUCGAAAAGAUCCAUGGCUUAGUAGCGUCCUUUUAAAUAGCAAAAAUUAUGUCGGGAACACACCUCUCCAUCAAAUUGCUACUUCUGAAAAAUACGAAGGCUUGAAAUUUAUCAGUGAUUCGAGAGUUGAUAAGAUGGCAUUCAACACAAAAAAUAAGAACGCGCUAGACAUCAUUCUAAAGAGCAUGGAUUCUCAGUGGAAGAGAAAUCUCUAUCAAGGUUUGGAAAAGUCUGGUGCAAGAGUAGGUCAACGAAAGUCAAGAGACAAAGAUGGUGGCACGAAAGACCAUGUAAGUAAAGGUGACGAAGAGUCAAAACACAAGGAAAUAAAAGAAUCUCAUUUGGUCGUGUCUACACUCAUAGCAACUGUAACCUUCGCAGCAGGCAUCACUGUGCCUGGUGGUUAUCAAAGUGAAAAAGGGCCGGAUCAAGGUUUGGCGGUUCUAUCAAGAUAUGGACCUUUCGAGGCAUUUGUGAUAACAAAUACAUUAGCCAUGAUUCUGUCCAGUUGCGCCGUCAUGAUACGCUUUUUCUUGUCGCUAAAAGGGUACCAUGGGCCAAGUUCAUUAUCUGUGCCAAUAAGUUGUACAUUUUCCGCCCUAAUUGCAAUGGUGGCUGCAUUCCUUACCGGUGUAUAUGCCGUAUUAGGUGGCCGUUCUUCAUUAGGACUUGCUAUUACAGUUUGUGUGCUCGGCAGCGUCUUCUUCCCGGUUUUGGGUUUUGUUUCCAUUUCUCCAGCUUUCAAUACUUUUCGUAAGCUUGCCUUUCAUCUCGCAAUACGGAUAGUUGAAUGGCUCGGAUUGGAGUAUUAUUUUUUUUAG